AUGUACCUCACCAAGCUGAUAUCCUUCGCUCUCGUUGCCACUAUAGCCACCGCGGCUGCGGCUCCGUUUCAACUGGAGGAACGACAGAGCAACGCCUGCCAGCAAGCAUUAGCCGAACUCAACCAAGCCUCGUCCUAUUAUACAAGUGUCGCCGCAAAGUGGAAUGGCGACGCCGCUGCUGCGCUCAGAAAUGGCAUCCAAAGAUUGCAAAGUGCGGCUAGCUCUAUAAACCAGGUCUGCUCACAGAUGGACCAGGCGAUUUCCCAUUCGGGCCAGGCUUAG